CUAUCGGAUUGUAUCAAACCUUCCUCCUUGCAUGUCACAUGACCCUGUAGUGUAGCGGAAACAGGACCAACAAACUAAAGUACCAUUAGCGAUGUGGCAGGACUAGAGACACAGUGAUGCCAGCUAUAGAGCAGGUCCGUCUGGGUAGAAAGCGCACCCUACCCCCGUGCCCCAACCCCCUCUUCCUCCAGUGGCUGACAGAGUUACGGGACCAGGCAGUAGAGAGGGGACAGAAGACACAGUACGUUUACCAGAAGGCUAUCAGUUCAUUGAAGAAGUACCCCCUACCCCUCCGGAACGCUCGAGAGGCAAAGAUUCUACAGAACUUUGGAGACGGAAUCUGCAAGAUACUGGAUGAGAAGUUACAGAGGCAUUGCAGAGAGAACGGUCCGGACGCUCCCAUCCACUCCCUCCCCAGCGGUGUGACGGUGGCCCCUAGUUGCCAUAGCAACAACAACCUGGCUCAGCCCACCAAAGAGCCCUCUAGGAAAGAGAGGGAAGGAGGGAGGAGGAAGAGAGAAUACGUGCCCCAGAAGAGGUCUGGAGGCUAUGCUGUUCUGCUAACACUCUACAGAGAGUCUCAGGUUCCUGAUGGUAAAGGCUUUAUGUUUAAACUGGAGCUACAGGCUGAGGCUCAGCAUCUGUGUGACAAGUCCUUCUCUGUGCCUGACCUAGGUAGUAAAUACACAGCCUGGUCCUCAGUCAGUACCCUGAUACAGAAAGACCUGGUGGUGAAGACCCACAACCCCGCCAGGUAUUCUCUGACUGAGCUGGGGUUGGCCCUGGCAGAGAGACUAGAGGACGGAGAGAGAGAACGAGAAGAGGACAGGAGGAGUGAAGUGGGGAAAGAGGAGGAGGGAAGUGGGCGGGGCGUUGUUGACCUUACUGCCGAGGAGGAGGAGAAAGAGAAGAGAACAGAGCCCACAGCGAGGCCUACCCCGGCAGCCUAUGUUGCCCAGAGAGGGAGUGAGGUGCCUGGGGUAAGCUCCUCAGGAAAGCCCCAGGCUGUAGAGACAAAGACUAGGCCGGCUGGAGGCUGUCUGUACCCAGGCAGUUAUGACAUAGUGCUAUGUGUGGACUUCAUUGAGACUACUGGAACUUGUGUUUCCAUGAUCGAUCGAAACGGGUUUUCUCAUGGCUCUCUCUGUCCGUCUGCAGCAGACAUAUGGGGCAGCACAGCCUGUAAGCAGGAGCUGGUGAAGGAGCUGCAGAGGAACGGCGUAACCUUUGACGUCAGGAAGUUAAACGUAGGUGACUUCCUGUGGGUGGCCAAGGAGAGGGUCGCUCCCGUGUCAGGUCAGUUGCGUGCCCCCCAAGGUAGGGAGCUGGUCCUUGAUUACAUAAUUGAGAGGAAGAGGAUGGACGACUUGUGUGGUAGCAUCAUCGAUGGACGAUUCAGGGAACAGAAGUUUCGUCUGAAGAGGUGUGGUCUACAGAAACCUAUCUACCUGGUGGAGGAGUGUGGCUCUGCUGCUGCUCACCUGAGCUUACCUGAGACCACCCUACAUCAGGCUAUAGUUAAUACACAGGUGGUAGAUGGCUUCUUUGUGAAGAGAGUCCAGGAUGUGAAGGAGUCUGUGGCCUACCUCACUGUCAUGACCCGAUACCUCACCAAACUAUAUCAGAACCGUACGUUGGUCUGUCGCUCCAGGGAGCUAGAGGGGGAUAGACAGAAUGAGGAGGAGUGGGGCGGGGGGGAGAGAGAGAACCCCUCCUGUUCUCUCAUCUCCUUCCCAGAGUUCAACCAAGGAGCUGUCAAGAACAAGUGUCAGACAGUGAGAGAGGUGUUUGCCAGACAGCUGAUGCAGAUCUCUGGACUUUCUGGUGAUAAGGCUGUUGCUAUACUAGAAAACUACAGUACUCUACAUAGUCUGUUGAAAGCGUAUGAGCAGUGCCCCAGCGACACGGAAAGAGAGAAACUACUCUCCUCUAUCCGAUAUGGAAAACUGAAAAGGAACUUGGGUCCAGCUUUGAGUCGCACAGUCUACCAGCUCUACUGUACGAAAGGAGCACUGUCAUAGAUUAGGAUUACACACACACCUCUACAACGUAGUGUUUAAAAUACUUUGUUCCUUUAGUCAUUCCCUGCCAAUGUAGACUUUUAAAAUACAUUGUUUUAUGUCAUUCCCUGUAGACCUGUAUGUAAAUGCUGCUAUUGUUGUGAUUUUCGACAAUUUUCUAGUGAAGUAUUGUUUGAAUGAGUUCCAGAAAUUAUGUUGAAGAAUGAAUAAAGUGUAGGGUAUAGUUUGGAGAAUA